CCUCUCACAACUGGCAGCGACGCCGUUUCUUUCUCUCUUCUAUCCUCUCGUCGUUUCCCUCACUUUCUGUCCGUCUGUGCACUGCAGCGACCUCCUCUCAUUUUGAUCUUUCCCCAUUUUCUUUCCUUUUCUCUCCUCACUCGUCUUGUUCUUGCCCUAUGUUACUAUUAAUCAUAAUUAAAUAUUAUAUAUUUUCCUCUUUCUAACCUUUCUGCCACCCCUUUGCUCCGCCUUUCAACUUCAGCAAGCCCGUACCUUUUGGUCAAAUAGACUGGACACUGGAUCUUAGCUUGACUACAAUUGGGUUGAUGAUAAGAAAAUGAUGUCUGAAGAUGCUGGACAGAUGUUGGUCGUGUAUGAUGAUCCUUCAGAUCAACGAUCUUUGUCUUUAGAUGAAACCAGUAGCACAGAGGAAUCACCUGAUGAAACCCAGCUUUCCCUAGAAACUACUGAUGAUGCCAUUCCAUAUAUCGGGCAGAGAUUUGCUACUCAUGAUGCAGCUUAUGAAUUUUAUAGUGAAUUUGCAAAGCGAUGUGGCUUUUCAAUCCGUCGUCAUCGUACAGAAGGAAAGGAUGGGGUUGGCAAAGGACUUACAAGACGUUACUUUGUCUGUCAUCGUGCUGGUAAUACACCUCUCAAAACCUCAAAUGAUGGUAAACCCCAGAGAAACAGAAAAUCAUCCCGAUGUGGAUGUCAAGCUUACUUGCGGAUAAGCAAAGUAACAGAUUUAGGACCAGCAGAAUGGCGUGUCACAGGGUUUGUGAACCACCACAAUCAUGAACUUUUAGAACCAAAUCAAGUUCGUUUCCUUCCUGCAUACCGAACCAUAUCAGAUACAGAUAAGAGCCGAAUCCUUAUGUUUGCAAAAACAGGAAUCUCAGUGCAGCAAAUGAUGAGGCUGAUGGAACUUGAGAAGUGUGUGGAGCCAGGAUAUCUACCUUUCACUGAGAAGGAUGUGAGAAAUUUACUUCAAUCGUUCAGGAAAUUAGAUCAAGAAGAUGAAAGCAUAGAUUUAUUAAGAAUGUGCAAAAACAUAAAGGAGAAGGACUCCAACUUCAAAUUUGAGUAUACACUUGAUUCAAACAACAGGUUAGAGAACAUUGCCUGGUCAUAUGCAUCAUCAGUCCAGUCAUAUGAUAUCUUUGGUGAUGCCGUGGUGUUUGACACGACUCAUCGUUUGACUGCAUUUGACAUGCCACUUGGGAUAUGGGUUGGAAUGAAUAAUUAUGGCAUGCCUUGCUUCUUUGGCUGUGUGCUUUUACGAGAAGAAAAUUUGAGGUCAUUGUCAUGGGCAUUAAAGGCAUUCUUAGGGUUCAUGGAUGGGAAGGCACCACAGACAAUAUUAACUGACCAAAAUAUGUGUCUCAAAGAAGCCAUAGCCAUUGAAAUGCCUACAACUAAAUAUGCACUCUGCAUAUGGAUGAUUGUGGCAAAAUUUCCAUCCUGGUUUAAUGCUGUUUUGGGAGAACGUUACAACGAGUGGAAGGCUGAGUUUUAUCGACUCUACAAUUUAGAGUCAAUUGAGGAUUUUGAAUUGGGCUGGAAGGACAUGGUCGACUCUUUUGGGCUACACACUAACAGGCAUAUUGCCAACUUGUUUGCAUUACGCUCAUUGUGGGCUUUGCCAUACUUGAGAAGCCAUUUCUUUGCAGGAAUGACAACAACUGGCCACUCAAAGGCAAUUAAUGCUUUCAUUCAAAGAUUUUUAAGUGCACAGACUCGGCUUGCCCAUUUUGUGGAACAAGUUGCUGUUGCUGUGGAUUUUAAAGAUCAAGCUGCAGAACAACAGACAAUGCAGCAGAAUCUUCAAAACAUCUGCCUAAAAACAGGAGCUCCUAUGGAAUCUCAUGCUGCCUCUAUCCUCACUCCUUUUGCCUUCUCUAAGCUUCAAGAACAACUAGUUUUAGCUGCUCACUAUGCAUCAUUUCAGAUGGAUGAUGGCUUUCUUGUACGACAUCAUACAAAACUCGAGGGAGGCCGGAAAGUGUAUUGGGUUCCUCAAGAAGGCAUUAUAAGUUGCAGCUGCCAUCAGUUUGAGUUCUCUGGAAUUCUUUGUCGGCAUGCCCUUCGAGUUCUCUCAACUGGAAAUUGCUUUCAGAUUCCAGAGAGAUAUCUCCCUCUCCGCUGGAGACGGUUCUGCACAUCACCUGCGAAGCUUCUGCAUAGUUCUCCAACUGAUCAAACAGAGAGGAUUCAGUUGUUGCAGAGCAUGGUAUCAAGCCUUGUAGCAGAAUCUGCCAAGUCAAAGGAGAGGUUGGAUAUUGCUACUGAGCAAGUCUCUAUUCUUUUAUCUCGCAUAAGAGAGCAGCCAGUUACAUCACAAGGUGUGCGAGAUAUUUCCCCUAUUCAUAGGAAUCUUUGACUGGAAACUAAACAGUUAGCAUACUCUGCAUUCCAGACCCUCUGGUACCGGAGAAGGCUAAUGACAAAUUUUUGAUAAGGUCAUGUGGGGGGUUAGAAAUGCAAGAGUUGAUAUAGGGUUCGGCCUUUGCAUACUAAAUUUUGUAGUUGUGUUACAUGCAAUCGAAAUAUACAAAUUGCAUUUCCUAGGCAGUGUUUUGCCCAUUCUUAGGCAUCAUCUUGCAUGACCGCUCAUAGACGGAGGGAAGCAGAGAGCAUGUUAUUGAGGAUUUUUGCAUGUAAAAUAUAUACAUAGGAAGGAGCUUAUCUUGUAUAAUA